AUGAUUCAAAUGAUGGAGAGUGGUGAUAAAUAUUCUAUGUCUAAGAUACAUGUUACUCGAAUAAGUACAUCUCUUACACAGAUGAAUUCUCAUGAAGAUAAUCUAUCACCUAAUAUUUUACUUACAAAAUUAAAUAUUCCAUUAAAUUGUCUUGAUAAUUAUCAAAUUCGACAACAUUAUCUCGAAGAAUAUUCAGCUAAAUAUUCUAAAGCAAAACAUUUAUUAAACAAUGCUCGUAAAAAACAACGAAAAAUUAUUAUGACUUAUUAUGAAGCAAAAGGAAAAGAAAAUAAUAUUGAUGAACUACAAACAAUUAAAGAAUCAUUGCUUGAAGAAAACGAAAAAAUUAAAAAAUUUAAAGAAGCUUUAAAAGAUAAACUUAUUAUUUAUCAACAACGUAUACAAUUUCUUAAAGACACUGAAUUUUGGUCAACAUUUGAAAUUCAACAAUUACAAAGUAAUACAACCGAAUCCAUUGAAAAUUGUACAGAAAAUUCUCCAAAAUUAUCUACGACCAAAGAUAGUCUUCAUCUAUUACAUGAUCUUGAACAAAUAAAAUAUUCAGUUAAUCUUCUCGAUAAUUUAUGUCCAACUAAUACUAAUGAAUAUUAUUCUGAAUUAAAAUUACAUGAAGAUAAUUUUUCUCCUAUAAUUAAUAAUGAAAGUAAUAUUAUCUCACAUCUAACAGAUGAUUAUAAUCUUAAUGAAAUCACUUUAAAACAUUCACAACAAUUACAUACUAAAUUAAUAUCUAAAAUUGAUGAAAAUCUUGAUAGUUCAAUAUCAAAGAAAAGAACAAGACAUUAUUUUCAAUGGUUAAAAAACAAUUGUCAAUUUAUUUUUAUGUUAACAUCAAAUGAUCAAUUCGAUCGAUUUAAAAUUGCUAGUAUGAUUCUAAUGUUGAGUCUUGUUAUAUUUAUUGUUAUAUUUCUUAAUAAUUUACUUGAAUUUUUUCUGAUAUAUUUAACAAAACCAUCGAUAUCGAUUACAACAUUAUCUUCUACAAAUUCCAUACCAAUAUCAUCAUUUACAUAUUUAUUAUCCAAUAUUUAUAAUUGGACAAUUUCAUGGUUAUUACCAAUUUUUCGUAUAUUUAAAUAUUCUGUUUAG